GCGAGAACCCGGACACCCGCUACCGCUUCAUGGGCGAUGACCGCACCUCGUUCGUCAAGUCGCAGUCGCAUCUGGCUCCCAACAACGAGCUCGACGCCCUCGGCAUGGCCGCCCGCGGCAGCGGCAGCAAGUCCGCCGUCAACGAAGGCCCCGGCCUGCCCAUGCACGGAUCGGACCCGGCCAUGAACCGGAUGUCGAUGAGCUCGUCAUUCGGCAGCCGCCCCCACAGCCGCCCUCACAGCGUGGGCAGGCCGCACAGUAAUGGCCAGCCGCAGUACAAGGACGCUCAACCGCAGUACAACAACGCUUAACCGCAGUACAGCAACGCUCAACCGCAGUACAGCAACGCUCAACCACAAUACAGCAACG